AUGGAAAAACGACGAGGACCACCUCCAUGUCAAUCUGAAGAAGGAUGUUCGAAUUCUGCAAAGAUCAGAAAAGCCAAGAACGGGGCUCAAUUAUGCGGUCCUUGUUUUUCCAAAAGUUUUGAAGAUGAUGUACACGAAACCAUUAUCAACAACAACUUGUUCAAGAGAGGAGAACGAGUAGCGAUCGGAGCAUCCGGCGGAAAGGAUUCCACAGUUCUGGCGUUUGUAAUGAAGACUCUAAACGAUAGACACGACUAUGGACUGGAUCUUCAACUCUUAUCCAUCGACGAAGGAAUUAAAGGAUACCGAGAUGACUCUCUUCUAGCAGUUGAAAAGAAUCGUGUUGAAUAUGGCCUCCCAUUGACUAUUCUCAGUUAUAAUGAUCUUUACGGAUGGACUAUGGAUGAUAUCGUUGCUAAAAUUGGUAAAAAAAACAAUUGCACGUUUUGCGGAGUGUUCCGAAGACAAGCACUCGAUCGAGGUGCAUUCAAAAUCGGGGCAACAAAGUUGGUGACUGGACAUAACGCUGAUGAUAUGGCUGAAACUGUUCUGAUGAAUGUGCUUCGUGGGGAUAUCGCACGACUGGAACGAUGUACGAAUAUUGUAACAGGAGAAGAAGGGGAUCUACCACGUGCGAAACCUUUGAAAUACUGUUUCGAAAGAGAUAUCGUAAUGUAUGCGAGGAGUAAUCAGUUGGAGUAUUUUUACACAGAAUGCAUUUAUGCUCCAAACGCCUACAGAGGAUACGCGAGAAAAUAUGUGAGAGAUUUGGAAAAAGUGCAUCCAAGAGCGAUUCUUGAUUUGAUUCGAAGUGGUGAGAAGGUUUCAGUGAAAAAGGAAGUUGAAAUGCCAACGUUGAAGACUUGCGAGAGAUGUGGCUACAUGACAAGUCAAAAAAUGUGUAAAGCAUGCUUACUUAUUGAAGGACUCAAUACGGGAAACACAGAUCUUGGAGUUAGAAAGUCAAAAAAGACAAAGAAAGUGAUAGUGGAAACAGAAGGAGGAAAGAAGGAAGAUGGUGGAUGUGGAUCUGGUGGCGGUGGUUGUGGUUGUGCUGGAGCAGCAGAUGAAACUGAAAACGAAGAGACGAGAAAACGAUUGAAAGACUUGCAAUUCUAG